AUGUUGAGUCGAGUAAUCACUGCAGACAACAAAACCUUAGUUAACAAUAAAAACAAUUGUGAAACGAGUCUUACUCUUAGGAAACAGUGUAUUAAAGAAAAUAAGGAAAUCAAGGAAACGCCGGAUAAUUGUAAUAGUGAUCAGCAACUGAUCCAAACCAAUAAGAAUAAGAGAUCAGCUAAUGUUCAAAAGUGCAAAACAGAUGUUAAGAAAGUAGAAAAUAAUCACAAUAUUCGUCGAAACUUUCGGCAAACAUCGAAAAGUUGUGAAACAAAUGCACACAAAUCUAAGGACUCCGUUGACAACAGCGGCAGCAGUGAUACCGAAAUAGAAGACUCACACAAGACAUCGUCCGAUCACAAGAGGAAACUUAGGUCUAAACGCAAUCACAAGAAAUGUGUCAAUUCUUCAGAUAGUGAUGCCAAUGGUUCUGAAGAAGACAGUGAACCGCAAGUGAUAACUACCAGUGGAACUGUUGUUAAUAAUUGUAUUUCGGUCAUUUGUCACGAUUUGAACCAAUCAUCAAAUCCAAGCAAACGUCUCGACCAAACAUCCAGUGUUAAUGAAAGGGUUGGUAAUGCGUCCCAAAUGGUGCCCACAAUGUGUUCAAUGGAUGAACAGUUGAACACAUCGGCACCCAAUCCAACCAAAUGUGAAUCAUUCCCCAUCCGAACCAAUGUUAUCACCGAUAAGACAUGCAUUUCUCCGCACCUGAACUCUGGUGCCAAUACUAGUGUUAAAGUGAAUAACGAUAACAAUAACUGUUAUCAUAAUAAUAACAAUACGACUAAUUGUGAGAACAAUAAAAGUGUCGAUGAGUUGAAUAACUUGAAGGCAAGCAUUCAUUCAUUAGCCUUAGACCGACUCGAGUCCGUCACUGUCUAUAGAGAUCCCACUUUAGUAGACAAACAAACUAUAAGACACAUCGAAUCAGUGCAACACAUCAGACACGGACUCAUGCAUUCCUCGGCAAACACCACAUCCGCUCCAUCGCUGACCCACGCGUCCGACUUUAACCGUAUCGCCACUGGAUCUCAAUCAAGAGCCUGUCAGCCAUCGAUUCACUCGCCUUCUGUAUCUUCAGUGCCGCCACAAUAUAAGGUGAAGUCUCAACCAAUCCAUCCGCACUCCUCUCAUCAAUCAUCACAAUCACCACAUCUCCUGAAUACUUCAUCUCAUGGAUCACAUCGACAUCCAAAUCCAUUGGAACCACAAUUAUAUCACCAUUUGAUGCAAACAUCGCAUCCAAUGGUCUCGGGUUUAUAUUCACAGACAAUGGAUAUGUUUGGCCAAAAGAAUUAUCCACAGCUCUCUUCAAUGCCUCCGAGCACUCCAUGGAAUCUAUACAAUGAACAGAUUAGAGCACAACUUCUUCAUGGAAGUGAUAAACAUCAAGGACUUAGACUUGAAAGAGAGAGAAGGGAAGAGAAACAAAUGAAGUUAGAAAAGGAAAGCAAAGAGUAUAUGGAAAGAGAGAGAACCAGAUUUGAAAUGAUAGGCAAAGAAAAGGAAGAGAACGCUAAGGAAGCGGUGGAUCAGCAUUUUGAAGAGUCUCUUCGGUUGGCCCGACAGAAGUCUGGAUGGAGUCCCAUAUCAAACCUUCCACUCACCAAAACUCAGCCAAACAUUUCACGUCAGAGCCAUGUCUUACCUCAACAUCAGUCGCAACAUUCAGUACCACAUUUGCCACAACAGCCAUCCUCACACCACUUACAGUCAACACUGAUGAAUGAGCCCUCAGGUAAGGGCUCGGCUACUAGUCUUGUGAUGGAAGCGUCAAAGCAUCAUCAGAUGACAUCUCGUGCCAAACCUGAGCCCAGUUUUAGUCUCUAUGGAUAUCAACCAAAUCAAAACAUAAUUAGUUACAUAACUCCCGCUCAACUCAAGGAAAACAAUCGUUUGAGUAUCUCCUCUGGUGUGUCGAUAACACCAUUAAUGACUGGUCGCACAGAUAUGUCAAAAGUGCCGCCACCAGCAGCUCAUGGUCUCGAUAAAAGGGAAUCUCCAAAAAUUGAUCGCUCAUUGACUCCAAACAGUAGGAACAGUACUCCUAUUGGAAGACCCCCUUCACUGUCGCCAAAACAAAAGUCACCCAAAAUGAUGGCUCCCGACAGAGUCAGCCCAUUAUAUCACAGAAGUCAAGGCCAACCAAUGAAACAAUAUGACUAUUCUCUAACCAAUGCUCCUCCCGCUCACCAGAGCACCAGUUCUCGGUCGGGAACACCUCUGUUGAGCUCAUCGCCAAUAUCUCUUCAAAUGCAGACACAAAUACCUGUCGCCCAUUCCUCACAAAAUCAAGAACAGCCUCAAAAUCUCGUGAAGACUGACUCGAAAUCAAAACUGAAUUUCAACGAAAUGUCGAAAUUACAGCACGAAAUGCAAAGGGAGUCACCGAAUGCCACCAUUCAUAUGAAGGCAGCGCCCAAUUUACCCACUGGUUAUCAAGCAUAUAGUUUAAUACAACAAGGAUUAGUUCCCAAUCCGCUAUACAAAGCUCUGCCAACAACACAGUCAAUGACAAAUCCUUCUUCGAUGCCAUCAGUGAUAACGCGUCCGCAUUCGGCAAAGACUUCAACACAUUCUCAGUCACAAUCUUCUCAUAUGUUUCCCAAACCCGGUCCCGGAAUAGUGAGUGGUAUUCCCAUAUGCCGUCCCAAUAAUAUCCCUUAUUAUGAACCGAACCGAACAAAUCAAGUGACGAAUUCACACAAAUAUUCACCAAAUGUUUCUGCCAUUAAAAGUGAGACUUCCAAUACAUAUCCAGAACUUAACCGAAUGGCAAAAGUGUCGACACAUUCGCCAUAUAAUCAAACACAAGAUCGUAAUGUCUUUCAGAGACACCCGUCGUCGUCGUCACCACAUUCUCCCCGUAUAACCGGCGGUUCAGUCCAUCAAUCGCCGUACGGACCGCCGCCCGGAAUGGUCUCCGUUAACAGUAAUAUCAGUCAAUCUCAUACCACUCCUCCGGCCGCUCACUCCGGA